AUGGCAGAGGAAGACAUGAAGAAUAUUGAAGAAGAGAAGAAUCGGGAGCCCAAUAACAGUCAGCACAUUGAUAUCAAGUACACAGAGAACCAUAAAGGUCCCAACAGUAAUGAUCAAAAUAUCUUAGAUAGUAAUGAUGUUGACAGGAACACAAAGAGUGGUAAAACUCUAUUCGAUAAUGCUCAUGUUGAUGGGGACAUGGUUAGUUAUAGUCAAAUUAUUUCUGAAGAAGAUAUUAUCAAUUUUGAUGAGGCCAUUAGAAGUCAUAAUCAAACUGUUUCAAAUGGGAAUGGAAAAGAAAAUGAUAUUUAUGUGACAAUAAGCAAUCCUAGCCACAUUUUAUCUGAUGAUGAUGAGACCACGAGAAAUCUUAAUCAAACUAUUUCUGAAGAUAAUGAUGACGAUGAUGGUUCAGAAGAUGACGAUGAUAGUUCAGAAGAUACAUUUGAUGAUGAUGAUGAUGAUGAUAGUUCAGAAGACAAUAAUGACGAUUCUGAUAGUUCAGAAGAUAAUGAUGAUGAUGAUAGUUCAGAACAUAAUAAAGAUGAUGAUGAUAGUUCAGAUGAUAAUUACUACGGUGAUCAAAAGAAUACCAGCACUCUUAGUGAAAAUAUUUCUGAUGAUGAGACCAUGAGCUAUUCCAAUCAAGCUGUUUCCAUUGAUCAUAUUAAUGAAACUGUAAACACUGAACAUGAAAGUAGCAGAGAUGGUAUUAUUGAAGGUGGCAUAUAUGAUGAUGAUGCAGAAGAAGAUGAUGAAAUUGAAGAUGAGACUUAUCAAUGCUCUCAUAAUGACUUCAAAGAUGAUGAUUUAGACCAUGCCAAGAAGCUAUGUGUUAAUACUAAGCUUUCAAGGGAUAAAUUGGAGUUACUGGUGCCAGAACGAGACUCUUUGACCUCUGAUCAAUCAUUUAUGGGAGGAGAUCUGAUGUCUUCUAAUCAGGAUUCUUUUGAUGAUACUAAAGUAACUGAUCAUACACACGAUCAUGAUAAUACCAAUUCCUCUAUAGUGUCAACAGCAGCUGAAACUAGUAAAGAAAAAACAAUAGAAAUUAGUCUCGUAAAACUUGCCCAUGUUCAAAUAAAAGAAUCCAAACAGAGUGAUCAAAAUCAAGAUAAAUUCCAAGAUUAUGAAAACAAUAAUACCGACAAAAUGGAUGAUAUUGUGGAACCCAAACAGGUUGAUCAAAAUCAGGAUAAUGAAAACAAUGAUAUUGACAAAAUAGAUCACAUCAUGGCUGAAGAAGAUGAAAAAAAGAAAGUCAAAGAGUUCAAUGAUAACGACAAAGUAGAUCACAUUGUGGCUCAAUCCAAUGAAAUAAACAAACUCAUUGAAGACAAUGGUAAAGUAGAUCACAUUGUGGCUGAAGCCAAUGAAACAAACAAACUCAUUGAAGACAAUGGUAAAGUAAAUCACAUUGUGGCUCAAGCCAGUGAAACAAACAAACUCAUUGAAGACAAUGGUAAAGUAGAUCACAUUGUGGCUGAAGCCAGUGAAACAAACAAACUUAGUGAAGACAAUGGUAACGGAGAAGAUGAGAAGUUGCAUACUUCAGAUAUGCGAGUAUUAACUGACAGUAUUUCCUCAUCUGAUCAGAAGGCAAUGCGAGUGAUAAACCAAGCUAAAACUUUCUCUGGUUAUGUACAUCAAAGGAAGCGUCCUAUAAGGGAAGAGGGACAAGAAGAGCACAUGCAAUAUGAAUAUGAAACCCAUCAUCUCAAUCAUGAUCUAUACCAUGUUCCUCAGUUUGGAGAUGAUGAUGCCAGAAAGGAAAGUAAGAACACGAAUAACACAUUAAGAUCUGAUAUGGAAGUACAGACUGAUAAUGUUGACACUUAUCCAGAAGCAGAUGUUCAUGAAUCCAGGACUAUAGAAGUACAGACUGAUAAUGUUCAUGAAUCCAGGACUAUGGAAGUACAGACUGAUAUUAUUGACACUUAUCCAGUAGCAAAUGUUCAUGAAUCCAGGACUAUGGAAGUUCAGACUGAUUAUAUUGACACUUAUCCAGUAGCAAAUGUUCAUGAAUCCAGGACUCUGGAAGUACAGACUGACACUUAUCCAUUGGCAAAUGUUCAGGAAUCCAGGACUACAUGUAAACGAUUUAGAUUGUCAAACUCUUCACCAAAACCUCUGGCAACUGUAACUAUUGAUAUAUAUAGCCCAGGAAGAACAUACUAUUCUUAA